ACCACACUCCACACUAGUUGGUGGCGGUAAUGCACCAUUCGUUGUUUGCCAACCGCCAAUGAAACACCAGAAGAAGAAGAAGAAGAAGAAGAAGAAGAAGAAGAAGAAGACGCCAUCGAACCAGAAAAACAAGGGAAAAGGCUCUGACACCCUGAAGAAGCUACUGAUCAAAGAUUCUGGUCGGACCGACCGACUGUGUGCAGGGUGAAAUUAGAAACGAUACGGACAAAUCAAAGAACAGGUUUCAGGUUCUGUGUUAGCUAAACGAGGCGGAGUUUGAGAGAAGAUGAUCACGGUCGAAGACAUCGCUCCAGUUGGAAGUUCCGGACAUCUCAGUACCACUCUUCCUCUUCCUGCACUGCGCCUUCUGGUCCCUCCUCUUCGACUGCUCUCUGCAGCGAUCUGGAAGACUGUUCAGCGCAGAGACGUGGCUGAUUACGGCAUUCUGGAGGAGUUUGUUACUAUGGUUACAGACCUGGUCCCAGAGCUACUCACAAGGAGGCAGAAGGCUCAGCUCACUCUGGGUCUCAGGGCACAGCUGAUCCUGAACAUCUGUCAGCUGGGGGCUCCUUGUGAAUCUGAACAUGUUCAGCCACACCUGGAUAGGAUGAAGGAACUCAUCCAGUCAUGGCUCUCACAGGCCGAUGGUGGAAAUCCAGAAUUGUCAAGUUUAGAAUUUAUAGAUCUCGUUCAGAACUUGCUGAACAAUCCUGAUGAGAAGGAACACUUCUUUCAGAAGGUUUUUGAUGAAGAGUUUGGUCCAAUGUACGAUGAAGCAAUCCAAGCAUUGAUGUGGUUGUUUCUGACCAGGUUGGAAAAGUUCCUCCCUGUUCAGACUUUCCAUCAGGUUGCAUCUGUGUUUGGUGAGGGGUCCUGCAUCUUGGAGGAAUGUGUGCAGUCGGUGUCAGCUGAGUCAGUCGUCACACCAGUCAGUUGGUGUGAUGAACUGGGAGCACUUUUGCAGUUUCACAAAGACCUAAACCAGCUGGAUCAGAACGAUUUACUUCUUGAUCGUUCCUGCAUCCUUUCUGCGCUCAGACUUCCCACCCCACAAACAGCUAAUGCUGUUCAAACACCAGACCUCAGCAUUGCGGGUCAGUCUACUGCAAAGGAGGACUCUGCAGCACCAACUUGUUCAUUUCAGAUCAAAACUAACCCAGAGCGCUUCACCAAUGAGUCAGUGAUGGACAGAUGUCAUCUGGCCUCUGAUGAAAAGGGAACCCAGCUUCUUCUGGGAGAUGAAGUUAGAACUAAUAGAGGUGUCCUUGGAGUCCAGGUGAACCCUGUGUCCUGCCUCCUAAAGGAAUGUUGUGUUCAGCUUCAGAGACUUGACAAAUUUGUGGACUUUCAACCUGUGAGAGUGACCAGAGACCUCAGUCUGAAAAAGAUUCUGCAGGAGAUAAAACAUCCCCUUCCAGAGGCACCCAGUACUUCAUCUGAGGCUUCAGAGAAAGAGGUUUCCAGUCCUCUCCAUGACGACUCAUGCAUGGCUCCCGUCAGCACAAUCAGUGAAGACAGCUUUGAAGACUCAUGGUCCUAUUACUCAGAAAACUCACGUGAAGCUAACACUACUAGUGCUGCUGAUUCAUGGUCCAUUUAUUCAGGUGAUGAUUCUUCGGUUCUAGAUCCCGUCAACAGUUUGGCCGAAACUGACUUGUUGUCUAGCCAUUUAACUAGAGACUGUACUUUUCUGAAUCCAAAAAAUGCUUCCACUUCAAGCAUAGACAGAUCUCUGAAGAAGACUCAGAAUCCAGUGUGUUUUAUCUGUAAGGAGCAGGUAAAGAAAAGUCUGAGGAUGCACAUGAAAACACACUUUCCCAACAAAGACUACACCUGUCCUCAGUGUGAUGGUAGGUACAACCUGCUAACAUCUCUGCUGCGACACAUGAAAAAGACUUGCUUUGACUACCUUCAGCCGGGUAGAGAUCCAGAUGUGCUGAACACAACCCAGGAUGUUUCCAAAUGUGAAAAAUGUGGAGACCAGUUUAGGUAUAAGGUUUCUUUGCAGAAGCACAUGAUGACGCACCAUGAGCUGUAUUGUAGUGUGUGUCGGAGGGUGUUAAGAGAUGCUGCUACAUUGGCCAGACAUAAGGCUUCCCAUGCUCCAUUUCACUGCACUCGCUGCGAUCAGUUCUUUGCCGUCUUUAAGCACCUGCUCAGACACUAUGAGAACGUACAUAGAGUCAGCAGGCCGUUCCAGUGCAGCCAGUGUCCCAAAACUUAUCCCAGACUUCGUUUUUUAAUCAGACAUGAGUGGCAGCAUACCGGCUGUCUGCCCUUCCAGUGCACUCUGUGCAACCUGAAAUUCAAAUCUGACUGUGACCUUGUGGCCCACCAAAGAGUACACACCAGGGAGAAACCUUACCUGUGUGCAGACUGUGGCAAGACUUUUGCCCGCAAGUCCAACCUUCUCCGGCACCUGAGAGUCAUCCACAGCGAGUCUCGUCAUGAGAAACGUUUUUCCUGUUCUCAGUGUGACAAAUCCUUUAAAGAAAAUGAAUCACUGAAGAAACACCAGAAGAUGAAACACUUAAGCGAGCCGUCCAGGUACCCAUGUCCCUACUGUGGGAAGAUGGUCUCAUUGUCAAAUAUGGCAAGACACAAAUUAAUCCACACAGGAGAGAGGCCUUUUAAAUGUACAAUGCCAAAGUGUGACAGGUGCUUUAGAUCGGCUACUGAGGUGAAGAGGCAUGUUCUUCAACAUCACACCGAAGAGAGACCUUUUAGAUGCCACACCUGUGGAAAAGGCUUUGUUAGAACAUGUGAUCUCACUGCACACACUAGAAUACACUCGGAGGAGAAACCUUGUGUUUGCCCAAUCUGUGGCAAGGGUUUUCUCAAGCUCUACAGCAUGCAGAGACAUAAGAGGCUUAUACAUGGAGUCGUUACGCAUUAGCACCGGAAGGCUUAGCUAGAACACACAAUCACAUCUCUAACCAGAACAACAUCACACUGCCAAGUGUCAGCCCUGACCUAGAUCACUUCUACCAUGUCACGUCAUGUAGUUGUGUCCCAGAUUUUCAUGUAUAAUAAAUGGUAUUUCUAGUUUUUUA